UGAUUGGCUAAGGUUGUGUCUAGUGUGUCCAUAUUUGAAGGGAUCAUGGGAUGCCAUUGCCACUACAAAUAGGGGCAGGAGAGGGCAAGUAGCUCAAAGUUAAGGCAUCUGUACCCACAGCAAGAGAUACAGUAGAAGAGCCCCAAGAAGACAAAGGUUAAGCCUAACCAUGGAGUGGCUCAUGGUUGCAUUUGUAGCCCUACUUUUGACCAGCCAAGUCCGCUCUGAAGAAAUCCCAUAUGAGCACCUUAUCUCUCAGAUAUCGGCAUGUCCUAAAGAGUGUCACUGCCCUCCAAGUUUCCCUAAUGCUGUUUACUGUGACAACAAGGGUCUGAAACGCAUACCUGACAUCCCACCCUACACCUGGUACCUCUACCUCCAAAACAACCUGAUUGAUGUCCUGUCAGCUGAUGCUCUGCGCAACGCCACACAACUGAGGUGGAUCAACCUUAACCGCAACAAAAUCACAGGUGAAGGCCUGGAGGCAGAUGCUCUAAAAGCCAUGUCCAACCUUGUACACCUUUACAUGGAAGACAAUUUGCUGACUUCCAUUCCAUCUCCUCUGCCUGCUAAAUUAGAGCAGUUGCGGCUCUCCCGAAACAGAAUCUCAAAGAUCCCACCCGGUGUCUUCUCUGGAAUGGACCAUCUCACCUUGCUGGAUCUGCAAAGCAACAAGCUACAGGAUGAUGCAGUUACUGAGGUCAAUCUGAAAGGCCUCAAGAACUUGAUCCAGAUCAAUUUAGCAAAGAAUCAGUUAAAUACCAUGCCCCUCGGCCUACCACCCACAACCACACAGAUCUUUUUGGACAGCAACAAUAUUGAAAGGAUUCCGGCUGAGUACUUUAAAGGUCUUCCCAAAUUGGUGUCUCUCAGGCUCAACCGCAAUAAGCUGGCUAAUGGAGGCAUCCCAAAAAAUGUGUUUAAUCUUUCCAGCAUCCUAGAUCUACAGCUUUCUCAUAACCAGCUCACAGAGAUACCCGUUAUCUCUUCUGGUUUGGAGCACCUGCAUUUGGAUCACAAUAAGAUCAAGAGUGUGAAUAGCUCUGAUAUCUGUCCACCUGGUACACUCGAUGAUUAUCUUGAUGAGAAUGGUCCACGUCUCCGUUACCUUCGCAUUGAUGGCAAUGAGAUCAACCCCCCUAUUCCACGAGAGCUGAUGAUGUGUUUCCGUCUCCUCAGGGCUAUUGUUAUAUAAAGAUGCUACACCAUCUUGAUACUCCUGUCCAUUGCAUUUACCUGACCUGAAAAUGUAUGGAAACUAAUACACUUGAAAAGGGUCUAAAAAAAGAGGACUAUCUAUUUGUAAAUUCAGAAAAUACAUAUUAAAAACUGUACACUGCUGAAAAGACCAGCUGAGGUCUUUAGUUUUUGAUCAAGAAAGCCCUGUUAAAUAAGCUAGUUAAGAAAGCUGGUGAAUAUACCAGUAUACAAAAUAUGAUAUAUUCAGGUGGUCUCCCAUUCUGGUCUUUUAAGUGUGGUAGAGAUCAAUGAAACUGGUUCAUAUUUGCAUUUACAGAUGGUUUCUCAUGGCUAUAUUGUAAAACCACUGUGCCUUUCUUAAUUUCAUACAUAUGGAAAACUAACAGACCUGGUUUGUGGGAAACACCAUUAUCUGUUCAAUGUUCUGUAUAAUGAAGAGAGCUCCAAAACAAUUGUCCUCUAUUGCAAGAAAUGUAAUUUCCCCAUCCUGUGCAAAAACUAUUUUCAUUAUCCAUCAUUAUCCAAAAACUGUUUUACCUCACCACACCAUUCUGGGGUGUUUUUGGACAGAAAAAUUGUGGUCUGAUUAUGGAGCCAAAUUGUAAUAAACUUAGUACAUAGUG